GGGGCGGAGUCAGGAGCGUUCAAAACACAGCUUGCCCUCAAUCCUCCUUGAUUUUUUUGCUUCCUGCCUCUUUUAUUUUUGCGCUUAUUUUCGCCACUGCCCCAGUUAUUUGAAGUACUUCGCGCUUUAUCGCCUUUUGUUUUAUUUGUCCUUUUAUUAUAAUGCGGCUGCUUUCCGUAUAUUCACCCCAAAAUACGUUUUUUUCCCCGGGAUUGUAUUCUCUAACAGCACCCUACUGUUGUUUGCGUGUUUGUUGCUUUCGGUGAAUAUGGACUAAUUGAAAAACUGUAAAUGCACCUGCCGUCCAAAGGAUACCCUGCAUUUGAAAACGAAGAGGAGUGUGUGCCCUGGGUGCAGCCUGUCCCGAGCUGUAGCGGCGAUGAAGAACCCAGGAGCCGGGGAGAGCCGCCGGCUGGUCGGCCUGCUGGAGGCCGCUCUGCUCCGGGAGGCUCGCCUCUGGAAGGCGCCUGUCUUCAAGAAUGGAUGCAUCCAGGGCACGGACAUCUCUUCAUCCCAACACCAAGAGGUUAUCCUUUGGCUCGGAGAGAUGAAUAGGCUUUUCCAGUUCUGUCCAGAGACCUUUGCACUGGGAGUCUGUGUCCUCAACCGACUGCUUUCUACUGUCAAGGCCCAACCAAAAUACCUGAAAUGCAUUGCUUUUACCUCAUUGGUCCUGGCUGCCAAAAUCAACGAGGAAGAUGAGGUAAUAGGUUCUGUUCAAGACCUGGUUGUGCAGAGCGGAUGCAACUUUUCAACAGCUGAGAUUCUUCGCAUGGAGAGGAUCAUUCUAGACAAGCUGCACUGGGACUUGUACACGGCGUCGCCAGUCGACUUCAUUCACAUAGUAAGUUAGCAGAUAGACAGGCAAAUAUAUUUUUUUUUUAACUGGAUCUGAGUUGUCAAGAGCAUUUCAUAGUGAGCUGGCUGGACUUUGAAAUGCUUUGUCAAUUCACAUCCUGGUCUUGCCUAAAAACACAGCUGAACAAAAGCACACAUUACACCAUCACACUUGCAUCAUGUCUGCUUCAAGAUGGUUGUUUCACAAACAUCCCCCUGCCCCCUCAGCAAAGAAUUGGUCCUAGAAGCGAUUGUGCAUUUAUUGGAUUUAACUCAUUGUGCCCAUUAUUAUAAUCUCCAUUCAGUCUUGGUUGGAGUGUGUCCUUUCCUUUUUUAUUCAUCACUGUAGCCAAGAAAGGAAAAUAAAACCAUGCUUCUCUCUAAUGCAAACAAUCAAA